AUGGAAAUAAUACAAAAGGAAACUUUUAAUCAAUGGAAAGAGACAAAAUUUGAAAGAAAUUUAUGUAUUUCACAUGCAUCUAUAAAAUCAAAUGAAUUUUCUAUGAAUACUUAUGCACAAAAAAAUAGUGAUAUAUCAGAUAAAGAUGUAGAUAAUGUAAUUGCGCUUACUUUGCAUAAGGAUGGAAUAUUAAAAUCUUUAAGUAUAAUAAAGAAAAGGAUUAAUGAUAAUAAUAAUAAAAUUACGACAAUUUUUCGAUCUGAAUAUAUUUUAUCUGAUAUUCUAGAUUCUUGUGAUACUUCCUCUGAUAAUGAAAUAAUGAAAACUAAAAAGAUUUUAUAUGAUUUUAAUUUAUCCAAAAUUGAGAUAUUUUUACAUAAAAUUAAUUUGAAAAAAAAAUUAAAUAAAAAAUCAUACAUAAGCUGUUUUAUAUCAAUUAUUAUUUUAUUUCUUAAGUCUGUAAAUACAGCUGACAGAUGUUCAUAUAAAUUAUCUCGUAUGUGUACCACUCUUAACGAUAUGUGUGCUAGGAGUUGUAGCCUUAAUGGUAGACGUAGCUUUUGUAAUAUUAUACGUGGGAAUUGUACAGGAGUUCCAUUACAGGAUACUGUUGAUUUAGGAGUGCACGGUGUUCUUGAUGAAAUUAUUGAGGGACCAUUUAUCACAAGCUUUGUAGCUCUUUUUUUUUUCUUUUUUUUUAUAUAUAUAGUAAUAAAUAAUAACUAA